AUGUCUCCUCCAGUUCCUGAGCAGAAGCCUCAGCUUCAACAAUCACAACAGCAACAACAGACUCCGCCAGGAGAAUCAGCAUCUGGCAGUGCUAGCAACGACUCCAAGUCUGUGACACCUGCACCCAGCUCUUCCUCCAACACUUCCCAAAGCAGCGGUGCUGCAUCAACAUCGAACGAUGACAACCUUAUCUGCCGAUGGAACGCCUGUAACCAAAAGUUCCCGGCUCCCGAGGCUCUCUAUGAGCACAUCUGUGAGCGCCAUGUUGGUCGCAAGAGCACAAACAACCUUAACUUGACUUGCCAAUGGAACUCAUGCCGGACUACCACUGUCAAGCGUGAUCACAUCACCUCUCACAUCCGUGUUCAUGUUCCCCUGAAGCCUCACAAGUGUGAGUUCUGUGGCAAGUCUUUCAAGCGUCCCCAGGACUUGAAGAAGCAUGUCAAGACACAUGCCGAUGACUCUGUGCUCGUCCGAUCAAACCAGGAUCCCCAGGGCGGACUCAACUACAGGCCACAGCCUCCCAAGGGUAUGUCUCUACAAGAUUCAAGUCCACGGCUGUGGGCAUCCGGAUAUUCUUCUCUCGAGGCUAAUUCGCCUCCAGGACCUUCCAGCUACUAUGACCACACUGGCCAGAUGCGAACUAACCCAGCUGCCUUUGGACACCACCAGGCCCAUCCCAGCGGUGGCUACUAUGCUCCUCAGCCCUCUACCAACUAUGGUCUCUACUUCAACCAACCGGCCAUCAACAACGCCCGUACCGAGCACCUUGGCUAUGCCGCUGCCGCCGGCGGUGGUUAUGAUCGUAAGCGCACCUACGAUAUGGUUGAUGAUUUCUUCGGCAGCGCCAAGCGCCGCCAGAUUGACCCUUCGUCCUAUGCCCAGAUUGGCCGCUCGUUGAUGCCCCUUCACGGCAACCUGUCCGUCCCCAACGGCCCUAUGGCUGCUACUGAGCAGUACAUGCCCCAGCAUGCCCCAGCUCCUGUUCACGCCGGUCCAUCGCCUGGCCAGAACCCCUUGGCCCAGCAAUAUUACCUGCCUAUGCCCAGCGCUCGCACCCAGAAGGACCUCAUCCACAUCGAUAACAUCCUCGGCCAAAUGCAAGACACAAUCUACGAGAAUGCCAACCAUGCCACUGCUGGCGUCCACAUCCACCACUCUGAAGGCGGCUACAACGGUUAUCGCAACACUCCUUCGCCCCCUACUACACACCGAUCCCCCACUGGCAUGCACGUCGCGACCGACGGUUACCAUCCCGUGUCUGCGGCUAGCAUGGCUUCUCCUCUUACUGCCAUCUCUUCUACUGGCACUCCUGCUGUUACACCGCCCUCCAGCUCCAUGUCUUACACUUCCGGCCACUCACCAAGCCCAUCAUCCUCAGCUAUGUCUCCUGACUCCAGACACGGCUCAACAGCUUCCGUCAUGUACCCUACUCUCCCCACAAGUCUUCCUGCUGUUAGCCAGGGCUUCGGCCACUCUGCCACAACUACUCUGGGCCCCAGCUUCGAUGGCAGUGAGCGUCGUCGCUACUCUGGAGGUAUGCUCCAGCGGGCUCGUGGUCCUCUGCCCCUGCCUCGCGAGGACACGAGCGGUGCCACUACUCCCAAGGCUAGCGAGUCUGCUCUUUCUGUUGGCUCUCCCUCUUCAGAGUCUGAUGUCAGCGAUGCUACACGUGAACGCGAGGAGCAGUACGACCGCUGGCUCGAGAACAUGCGCGUCAUCGAGACUCUCCGUGAGUACGUCCGCGGCCGUCUUGAGCGCAAGGAGUUUAUGGAUGAGAAUGAGUCCCGACGACCAAGCCACGCUGACGCUAUGGACGUCGAUCCCAAGAGCCCCCAGCCUCAAAGCCGAGAUCUGGGUACCCCUCGUGAGGGAUCAUCUUUGUACCCCAUUCUUCGCAUGCCUGGCUCUUAG